AUGGCAGUCAAGGGUCCAUUGACAUUUGGUAUUCAUGCUAUAGUUUCAAGGGCUACGCGGGCGGUUCCCACGGAAAAUGAGAAGAAGGAGGAGGAGGAGGAGGAGAAGAAGAAGAAGAAGAAGAAGGAAGAGGAGGAGGAGGAGAAGAAGAAGAGGAAGAAUGAGAAAAAGAAGGAGGAGGAGGAGAAGAAGAAGAAGAAGGCGGAGGAAGAGGAGGAGAAGAAGAAGAAGGAGGAUGAGGAGGAAGAGAAGAAGAAGCUAUAUCCUUUUCACGACUCUACCACGAAACAUCCUCUCUUAAAGAGCGCAUUUAAACAGGUCCUCCGCAACAUGUUUAUGGCUACCGAGAUGGCGACAUUUGCUAGUCAGUGGCAAAGGAUUCGUACUGCCUUCCUCGGUCCCUUCCAGCCCAUAAAAGUGACGCGGCCCUGCAUCACAAAGGGCUAG